AUGGUUACUAACGACGUCGCUGGCCGACUUGAGUAUCUCUGGAAGGUAUUGGUGUCGGAACCUCCUAAGGAGCUGGUGGACAGCGAGAAUGAAGAACCUACAGAAAUAGAUGCCUACGGGCCGCCAACAUUGUUGCGUUCCACUGGUGUGCCAAUUCUCUUCCAGCCUAUGUCUACUUCAGAACUUAGCAAGUACAAUUUUAUGGCAUCAGGGCAGCCAAUGGUAAGAGACUACGAUCCCGCCAAAGCCGAUGAAGACCCAGAUCUUCAGAAAUGCUCUAUCCUCUCUUGGGGCUUUUAUUUCUUACAAUGGGUGUUUUCCGCCAUGUGUCAAUGCGAAGUGAAGGAAAAUAAGACUAUAAAUGGACUACUUGAGCAUUGCAAGCUCCGACCGAUCAGCCUUCCUGAUCCAUUUCUGUUAGGCUGUAACCUACAUGGAGCAUAUCCUUCGAUUCAAGAUGAGUGGGAACCUAACCUUAUACUCGAGCCAGAUAGGGUUGAUAACUGCCGAAUCUAUCCUCAUGUUACAAUCGGCCUAGCUCUGUCACAUCCCGGAAAAGAGACUUCAAUGCUUUACGGGGAACUUGUGGCACUUGUAUCUGCUAUGCGGAGUCGUGCUAUUCAGCCUCAAGUUUCCGAUGAUGAGGAUGAACAGGAGGCAUUAUUUAAUGAAAAUCGUGAAGAUAUCAAGUGCAUGCCUCGGGAGUUUGCAAAUGAGACGAGAUUUCCUGUUCUGCUUCUAUCGUGUCCGGGUCCCCAGCAUGCUCGUUACUUCUAUGCUUGUAUGGAUGGGACACGGAUGGUGAUUAUACAGUCUAAGCUUUACAGCUUUGAAAAUCUGGGGACAGCGCCAAUUCAGCUAUUUAUGAGGUUGGCAACGAGCCAGCCUUUAUCCGAGGCAGGUCGAAAGGACUGA